AUGGCUUCAAGAUUCGGCGCCUCCUCGCUCCACCAGCGCGACUCCCGCAGCGCCCUGUUCGAGGGCUACACCGGGGACAAUUCAAGGCGGCCCGUCAGUGCCUCGCCCUCGCGCCUCGGCGGUGGGUAUGGCUACGGCUAUGCCGGCGGCAGCGCCUCCCCCGCCCCCAUGGGGAGCCACCUCGGCGUCGACAACGGCACCCGGGGGUUCCGACCCGCGACGCCCAACUCACGUGGCCAGUACAGUGACGCAGUGCUCAACGAGCUCGAGAGCCAGAACGAUGCACAGGUGGAGGGUAUCAUGGGCAAGGUCAAGAUCUUGAAGGACAUGACGGUAGCCAUUGGCGAUGAGAUCCGCGAGUCCUCCGCCCUCGCCGAGAAAAUGAACGACACCUUCGACUCAACGCGGCUGCGUCUGCGCGGUACCAUGAACCGUAUGUUACUGAUGGCUCAGCGCACCGGCGUCGGCUGGAAGGUCUGGCUCGGUUUCUUCGCCGCCGUGUGUUUCCUCUUCAUUUACGUCUGGCUAUUUUAA